AUGACUUCCACUCCAUUCAGCGUUGGUCUUUCCGACGAAACCCGCCUCUCCAGCAGGGUGCUUCGCCCGCCGGGCGGCGGCCACACCGACAUAUUCGGCUCGGAGCCGGAGCCCCAGCGCCUCGGACGGCGCCCGGGGCCCAAUACUGCCGUUGCGCCGCCCCCGAAGGCGGAGGAGCCCGCUAAGCCCAGUAACGGCGCGAGCGAGGCCAGCCUGAACGGCAGCUGCCAGCCGUCGCCGCAGGAGGCGCCCCAGCCGGGAGCUCCCGCCUCCAGCCCGGCCGAGGCGCCCCAGCCGCCCCAGCCGCCCCAGCCGGAGCCGGCCAGGGCCGAGGCGCCCCAGCCGGGGCCGGCCAAGGCCGAGCUGCCCAAGCCGGAGCCAGCCAGGGCGGAGCCGCCGAAGCGCGUGCGCGUCCCGCCGGGCGGCUUCUCCUCGGGGCUCUGGAACGAUUCAGCUCAAGCCGCUCCAACGGGUCAGAGUCAUAACCGCCGUGCAAUGGAGGGUGGGAGACAGUCGCGCCUGCUCAGCCGUUUACUGGGCAAGCUGCGUGGUGACCACCAUAGGAUCAAUCAAAACUACUCUUUAACCUCCACAGCUCAUACUUUACCUGCAAGUGAAAAAAAGCUAGUUGCAGUACUGACAGCAAUGGAUUCACCAGCGCCAAAUGAUGAGGAAGAACUGAAUUUACCCACCAUGACCCCAGUCGCAACUGCCUCCACCUCGCCCAUAGUCGAUGAUCAAUUUCCCGCCAAUAUCGACUUAAGGUACGGCGGUCAAUAUUUGACCCCGGAUCAACUGCCGGAAUUCUGCAACCAGCUCCAUCACCUUGUGGAAGUGAUCCGUAAUAUACAAUCGUAUGCCAAGGUGACGGGGGAAUAUCCAAGCGAACUAGAGAGGCGGUUGGAGCGGGAAGCGCGCGAGGUGGCGGCUCUGGCUGGAGAGGCGCGCGCGGCCAGGGACGUCCUCACAAGGACUCGAAUCCAACGCCGCGCGCUGCAGACCAUGCGGACACAGCUCACCGCGCAGCUGGCCACGCUCAGGCACACGGAAAUUCGCGAACUGGAGAAUGUGGUGCGUGUGUCAGAUCGCAAGCUGUACAAGAGCUGGGAGGCGGUCAAGGACUCCGUGGAUCCGGUUGCUUACCAGCCCUUGCUGGACGAAAUCAAAAGCAAGCAGACGGCAUUGGAGUGCCUGCUGCGGCUGGUCAACCAUCGACGGUGCAGCCUGCCACGGGCCACCCUCGCCCCUCAGCCGCUGCCACCGCCGCUGCCACGCGAAGACCACGAGUCAAAUACUGCAAUGAGCUCGGUGAGAAAGAGAUACGACGUCGGCCGCCGCGUGACGCACAAGCGGAGGAAGAGAGACGCAAAUAGGGAGCCCCGCUCCGUCCCGCUCUCCGGGGAAUCCAGCCACCAUGGGACCACCGUUCAGGUGACCGUCGGACAACCCACCGCGGAGGUGACCACCCGAGCCAGUGUCCGCGACAUAAUGUUCUUCACUGCAAAC